UUCAGUCUCGAACUGGCCUUUAAGCGUUUUGGUUGUUUCGAUUAGUGCCGCACAGUCCCACGUUAUAGUAAAGAUGCCAAUCACUCUGUACUACACCCCAAUCAGCCCCCCUGCCAGGGCCGUAGUUUUGCUGAUCCGAGAGCUGGGAUUAAAUGUUGAGUUCAAGCCGGUGGACGUGAUGGCUGGCGGUACCCGCACGGAGGAAUUCCUCCAAAUGAACCCGGAGCAUACGAUUCCAACCCUGGACGACAAUGGCUUUCAUCUGUGGGAAUCGCGAGCGAUUCUGACGUACCUGGUGGACACUUACGCGCCCGGCCACGACCUGUACCCAAACAUCCCCAAGGAGAAGGCCCUCAUCAACCGCGUCCUGAACCACGACCUGUCGGCAUUCUACCCCAAAACCGUCGGCCAGAUGGCGCCCAUUUUCCAGCGCCAAACUUCGACCGUUACGGACGAGAUGAUGGCCAAGCUGGACGAAGGGCUCACCAACCUGGAGCUGUUUCUGGUGCGCAACGAUUGGUUCGCCGGGGAGAACCUAACCGUGGCCGAUUUGUCCCUGCUGCCGACGAUUGCUUCGCUGGUGCACUGCGGAUUCGACCUGGCCCGGUACCCGAGGCUGGCGGAAUGGUACAGCAACUGCAAGGUCCUGAAGGGCUUUGAGGAAGAUCAGGGCUGCGCACAGCAGAUUGGGGGAUUCUUUAAGUCGCUGGUGGCCGAAGGGCAGCAGCACGAUUAGAUAAAUGGUGUGCCGACACUGUGAUGUAACCUGUGCUACAGCGUGAAUCGAUAUUAUAUACGUUUAUCAGCGUUUGGAUUACUGCUGAUAAGAAAAUCGUACAAA